AUGGGUUUGUCUUUAUGUGAUCUUCUCCUAUGUGUGUCAAACUUCCUAUCUGGCGAUAGACAUGGAUGGCAUGAUCUAAAGAUUUUUGCACAAUUGGAUUUUGCAUUCAGAACAGUCACUUGGUUUGUGAUCUCAGUUUACUUGCAUGUCCAAUUUUCUCCUUUAAAUGAGCGAAAGUUCCCUAUUCUAGUAAGGAUAUGGUGGGCCUUCUACUUCCUUAUGUCUUUGUCAUAUCUUAUUAUACAUUUGGGUUUGGAUUUAUAUUGGAAAUAUUCAUCCUUAUCAUUCCUGCUAUGGGCAUCUGAUGUUGUAUCCAUUGUUGCUAGUUUGUUCUUUUGUUAUGUUGGGUUGUUUGGAAAGGAGAAAGACGAUGAAGAUACCCAUAUUUUGGAUCCUCUUUUGAAAAUUAGUUCCAAUAGAAGAAAUGGUAACAAUAAACAAGGAUCAAAUGUUGGUGGAGAGAGUGUAACUCCUUAUGCAAAUGCCAAUCUUAUUAGUAUUUUAACUUUUGCUUGGAUGGGCCCUUUGCUUGCACUUGGAUAUAAAAAAACAUUGGACCAUGAAGAUGUUCCUCAUCUUGCCAAUUGUGAUAGUGCCAACAUGGUCUUUGCUCAUUUUAACAAUAAACUUGAAUCUGAUGGUAAUGACAAUGGUAAUGGUCGUCAAAUAACUACACUCAAGUUGGUGAAGGCAUUGAUUCUUUCAACGUGGAAAGAAAUUCUAUGGACAGCUAUAUUCUCCAUUGUAUGCAUAUUGGCUUCUUAUGUUGGACCAUAUUUUAUUUAUGCAUUUGUUCAGUAUCUUAGUAGCCCUCACCAACUAAAAUAUAAAGGCUAUGCAUUAGUGUUUAUUUUCUUUCUUUCCAAGCUCAUACGGUGCAUCUCAGAAAGACUUUUGUUCUUUCAAUUACGAAAGAUGGGAAUUAAAAUUCGUGCUAUAUUGUUCUCAUUAAUCUAUAAAAAGGGUCUUAGACUUUCAAGCCAGUCAAAACAGGGCCACACUAGUGGGGAGAAUAUUAAUUUGAUGAGCGUUGAUGUUGCAAGGAUUGGCCUUUUCAGUUGGUACUUACACAAUAUAUGGAAAGUUCCUGUUCAGAUUAUUCUAGCAUUAUUAAUCUUAUAUGAGAGACUUGGGCUAGCUUCACUUGUAGCUUUUGUUGCCACAAUUAUUUUGAUGUUGGCAAAUGUUCCACUUGAAAAACUACAAGAGAAAUUUCAUAAAGAAUUGAUGGAUUCAAAGGAUCAACGUAUGAAAGUGACAUCUGAGGCUCUGAGGAAUAUGAGGAUUCUCAAGCUCCAGUGUUGGGAAAUGAAGUUCUUGGCUAAAAUAACUGAGCUCAGGAACUUUGAAACAGUGUGGAUAAAAAAAUUACUUUAUUCAGCCGCUGUGAUUGCCUUUAUCUACUUAACUACUCCCAUGUUUGUAUCUAUGGUAACUUUUGGAUUCUGUAUGCUCAUGGGAAUUCCGCUAGAGUCAGGAAAGAUUAUAUCUGCACUUGCAAUAUUUGAGAUAUUACGAGGACCCAUUUAUAAUCUCCCAGACACAAUCUCCAUGAUGACAGGAGAGACUUGCUCUGAGGAAGAGGCUAACGCCCUUGGAGAUGGGCAAGUUCCGGAUGUUUUGGAACCUGAUAAUAGGGAGAAGAUUGUGGAUGAUGGUGGCGGUGGAAAUCCUCAUCUCCCUAAAUGCUCCUUCUCGACUGUUGUGGGAAGAGGACUUCCUGAGGUGGAUGAUCUACCUGAUCCAAUUAUGUUUGUCUCCAUGGAUGCCAUUCGUAAGGAGGCGAGAGAGUCCUGGAAUCUGAAGGGUAGGGUGGUUUUAGCGCCUAUGGGCAAAGGUUUUAUCCUCUUUCAAUUUGAAACUGAGGCAGACAUGGCCUUGAUAUGGAGAAGGAAUUUCAUAAAAGUUGAAGGGCAAGUUAUUCGUUUUCAGCGUUGGAGACAGGACUUCAGCAUCCAUGACAAGCAUGUCAGUACCAAGUUGGUUUGGAUUCGUUUUCCAAAUCUUCCACUUGAGUAUUGGCAUGAUAAAAUUCUCCUAACGAUGGCGAAAGCUACAGGACGGCCGGUGGCCAUUGAUCGAUGCACUCGCAAUGCAUCUAUGGGGAGAUUUUCUCGCGUGCAGGUUGAGAUGGAAUUAGGAGGAAAACGUUUAGAGUAA